AUGAAUUAAAUUUUACAAUAAUUUUCGUAAUAUUCAAAUAAGGUAUUUCCUUAGGGAUUUUCAUUAGAUUUCGCUAGUAUUACCACAACUGGUAUUAUUUUUCAAUCGAAUUUUUAGGUUUUAAACUUAAGAUGGUCUAUGAGAGAACAGCAGAAUUUUUUUAGGUUUAGUUUUAUUGGUUUGCAUUUAAUGAUGAGAGAGUCUAAGUCAUAAAUAAUUUAAAUAUAACUAAUCCUCAAACUUAAUACACCCAUUCUUAUUAAAAGAAUUGCUAUAUAAAUGUUGCCUUCUCUAAUUUUGUUAGCUAUUAUGCUUUAGAAUUUCAAUAAAACUCUUUAAUUGUACAAAUGUAUUUUAUUUAGGGAUUACCUUUGGGAACAGAUACUGUUACUAUAAGUUUUUAAUUCUAAGGCCUUAAAAAUUUGGAUAUCAGAUAUUAUUGAGUAAUUCUAAUAUUUUUUUAAUUGGCCCCUCAAUAAUAAGCAAUUAACCUCUUGGCUCAAAUUAAGUCGUCGAUUUCCCCAUUGGUUGGACCAGAUAAAACUGUUUUAAAUCUUCUAGGGUUUAAACAUACUGGAACUCAAUAUGUUAGAUUAUUAACUGAAAAAACAUAUUCCUCUUAAGUUACUGUUGAAAUCUAUUCUUUUAAUCAAGUUUUAUAAUUUUAGGGUCUGACUCUAUCAUUACUUCAGUUUAAUAUUAUCAUUGUGUAAAUGAUAUUUAAUUUUAUCUGGCAAAAUUUAAUGGUCUGACGUAAUCUAAAAUUUUAAAUCCAAAAAUUUAAAUAGAUACUCUCACAUCAAAAUUAAAGAAAUAAACUACUCAUAAAAUCAAAUUUUAUUAACGGAUGUAACUAUAGCCCAAUCUAUUGAAUCUAUAACAAUUAUUUUCUAUUGGUAAUGUAUUGAUUAGGAAAUGUUAAAGAUAAAAUUAUCUUGUCCAGAAUAAUGGUGUUCUUAGAUAAUAAUCAUAUGUGAUAUCAAAAAAAUUCAUGCAGUCAGAUUAUCAGCAAAGUUUUUGGUUAUUGAAAAUUAAUAGCAAUACAUAACAAUAGCUAAGAAUUAAGUUUCAUUAUCUGCAACCUAAAUUGUAAAGUUAGAUAAUGAUUAUUAUCAAGAGUUAUUCAUAUUAGAAAAAGUAGCAUGAUUAAUUAUAAUUUAUAUUGUAAGUUUCAUCGUUAUUUUAAUUAUUAAUUUGA